UAGCCGUCUGAUCCAAUUACUUCAUCUGAAUCCCGAAUCCCCAUCAUGAAGUACACGUCACCUCCACCUCCCUCACUAACCAGUGACGACUCUGAACCAUUCAAUCCACCGCUCUACUUAUACCUCCUCCUCUUCUCCUCCAUCCUCCACCUCCUCUCUCUCUGGAGAAACCACUAAUCUCUGUUUCUUGAUUUAUAUCGGCGCCUUCUCCUUCCACCGUGUAUUGAAAUGGCAGGAACUGGGGUGGUGGCAGUUUACGGUAAUGGAGCAAUCACUGAAACUAAGAAGUCCCCCUUCUCCGUCAAGGUGGGUCUGGCCCAGAUGCUCCGGGGUGGUGUUAUCAUGGACGUCGUCAACCCAGAGCAGGCUCGCAUCGCCGAGGAGGCCGGCGCUUGUGCUGUCAUGGCCUUGGAGCGUGUCCCUGCUGACAUCCGCGCUCAAGGUGGCGUCGCUCGAAUGAGUGACCCUCAGCUAAUCAAAGAAAUUAAGCAGUCCGUCACCAUCCCUGUCAUGGCUAAGGCCCGCAUCGGGCACUUUGUGGAGGCUCAAAUUCUUGAAGCCAUAGGCAUCGAUUAUGUUGAUGAGAGCGAAGUGCUUACCCUUGCGGAUGAGGAGAAUCAUAUCAACAAACAUAACUUCCGUAUCCCCUUCGUUUGCGGUUGUCGGAACUUAGGUGAAGCGCUACGAAGGAUACGGGAGGGAGCCGCCAUGAUUAGAACCAAAGGUGAAGCAGGGACCGGAAACGUUAUCGAAGCGGUUAGGCACGUGAGGUCUGUGAUGGGAGAUAUUAGGGUUUUGAGGAACAUGGAUGACGACGAGGUGUUUACUUUCGCCAAGAAGAUUGCUGCGCCAUACGAUUUGGUUAUGCAGACGAAACAGCUGGGGAGGCUACCCGUGGUGCAGUUCGCCGCUGGAGGGGUGGCGACACCGGCGGACGCAGCGUUGAUGAUGCAGUUGGGCUGCGAUGGUGUGUUUGUGGGGUCCGGAGUUUUCAAAAGCGGCGACCCAGCAAGGAGGGCCAGAGCGAUUGUGCAGGCGGUGACCCAUUAUAGCGAUCCAGACAUGCUUGCAGAGGUGAGUUGCGGUCUAGGUGAAGCUAUGGUGGGGAUCAAUUUAAACGACAAGAAGGUUGAAAGGUUUGCAAACAGGUCUGAAUAGGUGUUAUGUUGUUUUGCUUGCUGUUUGUCAAGUAUAAGACUGUUAACUCUUAUGGUUUUUAAUUAUUUUUUAAUAGUUUUUGGAAACUGUUAUUUGAUUAUGGCUUUGUAAUUGAAUAAUUGUUUGAUUAGUUAUAUAAUUUUACUUCUUUAUAUUACCCA